AUGUCGUCGAAUCAGAAAGGAAGAGCACGUUGGGUCAGGACCAGGCUCUCGUCCGAGAUCAUCGAUGAUUCUUUUCAAGUCAAAGUUGACAGCAGCAUGCCGAUGGCUGGACAACCGCCCUGCAUAUCGCCCAGCAGAGUGACCAGCAGUUAUGCUGGUUGGAUCCUUCAAGGCUGGCAAGGCAAGAAGGAGGGCGAGGAGGAGGAGGAGGACGCCCUCCCGUCGCCUCUGCUCGUGGAAGAUGAAUUGGGAGACAUCCCAUCGCAGUUAAGGAAGGAGCCUCGCAGGGAGCUGAAUUUUACCUCCUUCGGCUCAAUGCUGAGCCCCAAGAGAAACUUCUUCUCUCCUCGGGACUUCGAUAGUUGUUGUGAUGCCUCCGACUUCGCCUGCUCUGUGGGUUCCUACGAGACCCAAGACACGUUGCAGAGCAAGACGUUGCUGGCAAAGCUGGAGCAUGCGGAGCGAGAGAAGGAAGGGCUGGUCAUCGCUCUCAGUGAUCUAGAGCAUAGAAUCUCAGCCAGUGUCGCUGAGCUUGAGAGGCAGACGCAGACUGCGCUGCGAAAGAGCAACAAGGAAGUCAAGUGCGAGGACGAGGGCAAGGCUGUAGAGAGAAGCUUGAAUUUACUUCGGACAACACUGGAGGACGUGGAUGGGGAGGACGACUGGGAAGAGAUGAAACAGAAGGUGGAAGCAAUACUGGAAGAGGUAGCGAACAAGAGAGGCAAACAACAAAAGCUGAAGGAGAAGGAGGUGGGACGGCUGUUGCUGCACAAGAGCCGAUUCUGUUCUUCCUGCCACUCGCAGAAUCCGAUGGAAGACUGUCUUUCUCCUCGUGAAAACAAGUAUGACUUUCUCAUCGAUGCGUGA